AUGCAAAUCCCACCUGCACUUUUUUGGUCCUAAUAUAUUCAAGCUCCAAUCUCAUAUCAACUUGUAGAUGAACAUAAACCUCCAUCAAAAUAACGCUAAUCUCAUCAAUGUUCAGGACAAUGUUGGGAUAUAAAGUUAUUCUUCUUACUUUUGUUAUAUCGUAUGCAUCCGCGAUAGAUUUACCGGAUUUUUUGCAAGUCUGCAGUAGAAAUGAUCCUAAUCUCAAUGACUGCAUAAGAAGAAGUGCUGACUAUCUGAAACCAUAUUUAGUAACUGGUGUACCUGAGUAUAAUAUUCCGUCACUACAGCCGUUAUUGCUGGAUGAUCUAGUUGGUGAAGGCCAUGGUGUCAAAUGUACGUGCAAGAAUAUUAAAGUUUUUGGAGCAGCUGACUAUUCUGUUAAAUAUAUCAAUGCGGACUUGGCUGCACUAGAAUUCAAAGUUGAUCUUUUGCUGCCGCACUUAUACGUCGAAGGAACUUAUGAAGUCGAUGGAAAAGUUUUAUUGUUACCAGUUACAGGAAACGGAGGUUGGCAAGGUAACUUUACAGGCUGUGAUGCAUCGGUCACUUUUACAGCAUCGACAAAUCCCGACGCUUCUGGAGUUAAACAAUUUCAUAUUGAGCAAUUCGAUCUUAAAGUAACAGUAAGCAACGGUUAUUUACACUUUGAAAAUCUUUUCAAUGGUGAUAAAACGAUUGGAGAUCUUGUUAAUCAGGCGAUAAACGCUAACUUCAAUGUUUUUCUACGUGAAAUUAUGCCCUUAGUCGAACAGACGCUGUCGUCAACUUUUAGAGAUAUCGGCAAUGGUAUUGUUAAUCCUUUCAGCUAUGAUCAACUUUUCCCCAUGUAAAUUACUAAAAUUAAAAAAUAUAAUUAAACUCUGUAAUUUUGACUGACUAUGCUGAAUUAAAUCGGCGUUUCUUAUUUAAAAACAUUAUCUGUUUUCUAGUUUAAAGUAAUUUAGUAAAUAUUAUCAUUAUGUAAAACAAAAAAAAUUGUUAAAAAAAUAAAAAAUUAACGUAAAUAUUAUUUUCAUUAGAUUAAAUAAAAAAGUAUUGAUAAUAUUUUAUCAGUUAAAAUAGAAAAAAAAAAUAUUAACAAUAAAAUUCUUUCAUAUGAAUGAAUAUGUAAUAUGUAAUCUGAUGACAAUUUGAAGUAUUCGUUGAAAAAUAAUUUUCAAGAUCACGUAAUGUUUAACCAUAUAAUCACCUAAUUAUGGUUAGCUAAUCAUCUAAUGAUUUUUCAUAAUAAUCUGUAAUUGACCAGAGAUGUACUGCGAAAAAAAAUUAUACAUUAUAUGUGUCUGAUAAAAAAUAUUUAUUAAAUUAAUUCAAUCUAUUUACUCAUCAUUUAAUAAACAAUAAAUAAUGUAAGUUAUAAAAAAAACUAUAUAUUGAUCACGCGAGGAUAAUGGGCGGUUCAUGAAGGCCAACAAUUAAUGUAAAUCAACGUAUUUUUAUUUUCUUCCUUAUUUUAUAAUCACAUAUAAGUCAAACAUAAAUAAAUCAGCGAAGUAAUGAAGCAUUUAAAAAAUA